AUGGCGUCUCCUCAACAAGAGCAACCACCAACUGGAGCCUACAAUAUGGGGUAAUUUUUUUGGCUGAAAUUUUUUCAGCAGGUCUUUUAGAGCUCGCCGAGUUGAGCAGAAUGCUCUAAAAAUCAGCUUCCUAGCCCAUUCCUGAGCCGAGAAACUUGGCCGCAAGAUGGUGUAGGCGGUAAGUGUCUACAUCUCUAGUUGGAGGGUCGUGGGUUCGAGCCCCACUGGGAACUAUUGUAAUUUUUUUAGAGCAUUUUGAUCAGCGCGUUGAGCUCUAGAACACUGUCUCAAUUUCCAAAUUAAAAAAAAAAUCUGAAAUUAAAAUUUUCAGACAUCGUCACUCGCUAACAAUUGAGACGAAUCCGUUGCAUUUACUUCCUUCCAACAUGCGAAGAUUUUCACAGGUAGGAAAUUUUUUCUGAAAUUUUUUUCAGAGGUCUGGAAAUUAUUUAGAAAGCCUAGGGCAUUUUCUGAAAUUUUUAGGAGCACGGCUGAAAUUCUAGAAGAUUUUUCAGAUUUUUUAAAAGUCCGGGAAAAAAUCUAGGCAGCCUAGAAAAUCACAAAAAAAAUGUAGUUCUGACUACAAAAAAAUUUCAUUUCGCAAGGAACUUCGAGACUUUGAGUUUUGAAAACGAAAAAAAGCUCCAAGAAUUUUCUGAACACAUUUUUGAAGGUCUAGGAGGAUUUUCAGAUUUUUUAGAAAACGGGAAAAGUUCUGGAAUUUCCUGGGAAUCCGGCUGAAAUUCUAGAAGAUCAAGAGAAAUUUCUGAAUUUUUAGAAGCUCGGAAAAAUUUUCUGAAGUUCCUGGGAGCCUAGAAAAUAAUCUACAAUGUCUAGAAGGAUUUCUGAACUUCUAGAAAACUGGAAAAUUUUUCUAAUUUUUCAUAAUUCAGAAGAUCUAGAAAAUUUUUCAGAAUACCGGAAAGAAUUCAGAAGUCCCAGAAGUUACUUUGAACCUUCAGAAGACAUUCCAGAAUUUUCAGAACAAUUUCUGAAUUCCCUUACAGCCUCCAGAAGUCCCAGAAUACUGAAAAUUUCCAGGCCGACACAGCUCGUCAUCCAGCCGCACCACUUCUCUCAAAACUCGCCGCUCGUCAACAAAUCGCCGAGGAAAACGCGGCGGCAGCUGCGGCAGCAAGCGGAAAAGCGGACGACAAAGCGGAUAAGUAA